AUGUAUUUCUCUACCGCUAUCAUCGCCACUCUUGCCGCUCAGGCCCUUGCCCAGGAUAACCGUCGUUUCCCUCAUGCUCGUGUUGGACAUGUUGCUGCCUUGGUGGCCGCUGCUGCUCUUCCAGCUAGAGCACUUCCUGUCUUCGAUGUCCUUGAGGCGCGAGCUCCUCAUCAUCAGGGUGCCAAGGGAGCCAAUGCCAAGGCGGUCGAGGGGUGCAAGACCAAGCGAGAUGAUGAAGACGACGAAGACGAGGAAGCCGUCGAGGGACUCGUCGCCCGUCAUCACCAAGGAGCCCACGGCAAGGCUGCUGCCAAGGCCGUCAACAACUGCAACAAGAAUGGAAAGCGGGAUGAAGUCGCUGAAGAGCUUGAAGCGCGAGACGUCGAGGACGAAUCCGAACAAGACGCUGACGAGCUUACCACCAGAGAUGUCGAGGAAGACGACGAGGACGAAUCUAGCGAGCUUGAAGCCCGAGCAGCAAAGAAGGGCAAGAAAGGCAAGAAGGGUAAGAAGGGAAAGAAGGGCAAAAAGGGAAAGAAGGGUAAGAAGACUGGCAAGAAGGGCCAGAAGGGUAAGAAGGCUGGCAACAACGCCAACAAGAACGCCAACACCGGUGCUACCAACGGAGCAGCCAAAACUGGCACCAACACCAAUACUGGAACCAACAAUGGAGCAGCUAAAACUGGUACCACCGCCAACAACAAUGCCAACACUGGCACUACCAAUGGGGCAGCCAAGACUGGUACUAAUGCAAACACGAACGCCAACUCUGGUACUACCAACGGAGCAGCUAAAACUGGCACCACCGCCAAUAACAACGCCAACAGCAACACUCAAGCCAAGGCUGGUACUACUGCUUAA